AUGGGGCUUUCUCUGGGCCUUAGCCCCCUGCUGUGUCAAGGAACUAGUCCUUCAUUCAUUCACACGGGUUUCCUGGGCACCUGCUCUGCACAGGCGCUGUGCUGGGGGCUGGAGCUACAGCACGGAGCCGUAGACAACACGCCCCCCUUGACGAUGGUGACGUUCCAGCGGAAGAAGACAGACAAACGUUAUAAACAAGUCAGUGCCGGGGAGAUGGCGGGCCGAGCUCGCGGAGGGCGCACAUCCGCCUCGGCGGGGAGGCUCGUGGCCUUCCUGUGGAACCCCCGAGGGGAACUUGGCCGUGGCCGGUUUCCACCUUACGGGCCAGAGCUUGAGCCUGCCCCGGGCGAUGCGGGCCGCCACCAUGGGAUCCUCUUUCAAACAAGGGGAGACAAGACCUCACUGCGCUGCAGUGAGCAGCCUGUGAUCUGUGGGUGGCAGGGUGCCCAGCACAUCGUGAGCCUCGGGGAGCAUCAGCCCCACUUCCUCUGCUCCCUGCAGGCCUGA